GAGCGGCAGUGAUUGAUCAUUGAUUGGCAAUGCCAUGGGACACGUUGUCACCUGUGUGCAUACGGCGAUGCAACCGCAUUUUCCCUCUGUAUAGUGUUCAGCGGCAUUACAUGUAGGCUAACUGACAAAGUUGCAAUUUGAAUACUUCAUGUUCUAAUACGUUCGUCAAUUUGAACACUAUGUUGGGCAACCCGGGAAACGUGGCCAAACUGUACAUGUCUAUCAUUGAGGAUGUGGUUGAAAGUAUGCGGGAACUUAUUUUGGACGAAGGACUUGAGGACCGCGUCCUAGACGAUUUGAAGCGAAUGUGGGAGGCAAAGGUGAUGGCGUCGAAGGCGCUGGAAGACAUAAGGCAUAACAACAUCACCUCUUCAAAGUUUGUGCUCCAGCUCCCUGCCCAUUACAACCACUCAGAUGAGGACCGCAGGCCCAGAGUUGCAGUUGGGAUACCUACAAGUCAAAAUGCAUUUCAUUUCCCUCUCAAGAAAGGCACUGAGACCGUUGCUACAUUCUCUCUUCCUCCUGGGUUGUCCUACCCAGUGCAAAUACCAGCAGGGGUGACUCUGCAAACUGCCUCAGGUCAACUUUACAAAGUAAACGUUCCAGUAGUAGUAACCCAGGGCCCUGCUGGCAGCAACCCCUUCUCCCAAACCACACAGAAGAUAAUCAGUUGGAGAGAGUCCAGUGCCCCUCAACCAGCCGGCGGCACUUUGUCGGUCAGAACUGUUGUGCCUAAAGUGGGGCCAGCUUCAACAACAACCCUCGUACCACCACCACCAACAUUUCAGCCACCAGCAGGAUCUCAGCCACCAGCAGGAUCUCAGCCACCAGCAGGAUCUCAGCCACCAGCAGGAUCUCAGCCACCAGCAGGAUCUCAGCCACCAGCAGGAUCUCAGCCACCAGCAGCAUCUCAGCCACCGCAGCCACAAAAAAACCUCAGUUAUAACCCAAGUCAGGAAAACGCUGCUUCCCAUCAGGUUCCUCCGGUUCCUCUUGCUGUGAACCUUCACUCUCAAGUCUUCCAACAGCAACCAGAGGUGAUGAUGGAAGGGGGGUUCCAGCCAGGCCAGGAGCCUGGUGCAGUAGGUGUGGACACACCCAUCUCCGAGUUCUUCUCGGAGUCUCUCGAGACGUUGGCACAGGCCCCAGCAGGUUCGGUCUCUAAAGACAUUGACGAUAUCCUGAAACAAGUGAUCGAAGAUGAGAUGAACAAGGCUGUUACUGAGCCGGUAUUUUCUAGCUACCCUGAGUUGUUGGAUAUUGUUCAACUGGACGGUCCUCUUGACAACUCGGAUAUCGAGGCAGAAGAUGAAGUCGCACUGGAAGAUAACGAUUUCCUGGGCAUGAUCAAUGCAGAGGCGAUCAGGGCCGGCAGCAGCGCGGGGGACAGCCCCUCUUCCAGCAGUGACAGCGAUGCAGUGGAUGAGCUCGCUGAUGUUGUUGAAGAGGAUCCUUUGAAUUCGGGAGACGAUGUGCAAGACCAGGACAUCCCUGACCUCUUCGACACAGACAAUGUGAUCGUGUGCCAGUAUGACAAGAUUCACCGCAGCAAGAACCGCUGGAAGUUCCAUCUGAAAGACGCGGUGAUGUGCUACGGAGGCAGAGACUACGUGUUCUCUAAGGCAAUCGGAGAGGCAGAGUGGUGAUUACUUUAGUGUCUGGUUUCAGGGACUGAAGAACCAAGCACCGAUCACGACAUGAGUCCACCUUUUAUUUAGUUUUUUUUUCUGCCUUUCUUGCAUUGCAAAGAGAAUUUAUUGUCUGUAUUUAUUUAUUUAUUUUUAGUUAUUGAGGAGUAUUCUUUGUUGUUGGAUGUAUUCUUUAUAUCGCGUUGCAUAUGCCUCCAUAACUAUGACGCUGAAUGAAAAAUUCUACUCUUUUCUACCAAGGCACAUAAAAUAUGUUACAAAACCAA